AUGAUUUCUAUACCAAGAUUUCCACCCGCCCUUUUCUAUCAAAAAGCAUUUGGGUUGGCCGAUCAAACUAUUUGGCGCCAACUAGACACGUGUCAAGUUCGGAGUGGUGGUGUGGGCCUCCAAAACCGCAUCCGAUCCGCAGGAGUUGAGACUAUACGCGCGCUGCGCACGGGCCGACUCGUUUCAUUCUGUCUACGCUAACCUGCGCCUGCCUUCUUAGUGCCCCCCGCGAAUCUCACCCGCUGUCUUUUCUUUACCAAUUCUCUCACUCUCUCGGCCGGAUUCUGGAGUUCGAUCUCCUGUAAUCGUCGAGAGCUCACGCUGCAAAGCGACGUCGUCUGCGGCGGAGAUGGCGGCGGAGGGACAGAAAUUGAAGGAGCAGAUCUUCGAUUCGGAGGAGGAGAUGGCGGUGGCUCUGGCCAAAUACACCGCCGAGUUAUCGAAGAAGUUCACAGCAGAGCGAGGUGCUUUUACUGUCGUUCUCUCCGGAGGGUCGCUGAUUAAUUCUAUUAGGAAAUUGGCUGAACCUCCAUACGUUGAUUCGGUGGAGUGGGCAAAAUGGCAUGUGUUCUGGGUGGAUGAGAGAGUUGUUCCCAAGGAACACGAAGACAGUAACUACAAAUUGGCCUAUGAUGGUUUCCUCUCCAAGGUACCAAUUCUACCUGAGCAUGUGUAUGCAAUCAACGAUGCCCUUCCAGCAGAGGGUGCUUCAGAAGAUUACGAGACCUGUCUGAAGAACUUAGUGAAGAAGAGUGUCAUAGGUAUAUCAGCGGCCACUGGGUUUCCCAAGUUUGAUCUGAUGCUGCUGGGAAUGGGGCCAGAUGGGCACGUAGCCUCUCUUUUCCCACGGCACCCUCUGGUCCAUGAGAACGAGAAAUGGGUCACGUGCAUCAUGGACUCCCCCAAACCUCCUCCCCAGAGGAUUACUUUCACCUUCCCUGUCAUCAACUCAUCUUCCUACAUCGCCAUGGUUGUGGUUGGAGCUGCUGAAGCCAAUUCUGUGCAGAUUGCUCUGCGGAAUGGCCAGAAGAAUUCAAAUUUGCUGCCUGUUCAAAUGGUUUUGCCUGAAGUGGAAAUGACCUGGUUUCUUGACAAGGAUGCUUCUUCCAAGCUCUAGGAUUUUGGGCAUCUCUGUAGCUGCAGAAGCUUUGCUGUACUGAUUAGUGAAGUUUUUGUUGUCUGUUCUGGCAACAAAUUAAAAAGGGUAUGAAUAAACUAUACUUCAUCACCGAAUGCAUUUUAUGUUGGAAUUAGCUUUCUCAAUGCAAAUUUAUGUCUUUCGAGUCGCGUUAUCAUUUCUCUUGGGUGGCAAAAUGGAUCAAUUUUUGAGUAUGUGAGGUAAUUGAUCCAUUCCAAAAUGGAUCAAUAUCAGGUUUAGAGAACUCUUCCCUGCAUACAUGUAUAAAUGGCAUGCCUCUAUAUAAUAAUAAUAAUAAUGAUGUUGUUUAUUAUUAA